CUAUGGUAAUUUGAGUCGCACUUGUUCAUGCAGGCGGGAGGCAAGGCAGGUUGUUCAUUGUUCAUUGUCGAAAAAAUGUACAGGUACCUGAGCGACAAUGGCUCUCAUGAAACCAUCUGUUAGUAUUCGGGCAGAAUUUAAGCCACUUUUGUCGUCAGCUAAUAUAUACAUCGAAUUUUCAAGGGAGCUUAUUUGCGUUUCUUCAAGAGUAAUUGUUGAGCAAAACAAGAUAAUAUUCCUGUCAGGGUUGGCGAAUGCAGAGUUUAUUUUGCAAAGUUUGACUCUGAAACCUGAAACAUGUCGUGGUCUACGUUGGAUUGGAACACAGGAGCUUCAGUUGACGCUUGAGGCUGAGUGGACAGAAGAAGGAAACAAAAGUCGUGAUGUAAACAGCCACAAGUUCAAUGGAGGUUAUCAGCAUAUCAAUCAAGACCUUCUGGUAUCGAGAAUUCAGGCUUGCCAGUCCAGAUGUUUCUGUGUUGGCUGUGGGGCACAGAUUUUCAAACCCAGUUGUAAUUUCAAGCGUGUUCUGCCAUUGCCAUCAGAAAAUUGGUCUGACUUUGCGGACAUCUGGUUCUGCCACAACCAUGAUGGCCACGGCCACGGCCACACACCAGAAGCAACAAGUGCACCCAGUGUGGACCACACGAGGAACAGAGACCUGCUGCCUCGGCCCGAUGACUGUUUAGUUAGUAGCCUGUACAUGUUGGUCAGUUCAGGGCAGAUCAAGACCGGGGCUGUCUGCAAUGAUAAGGACAAACUGAUCUGUAACCGGUGUGGAAACUUCCUGGGUUUUGUGAAAAGAGCCAAGAGCUCCGAAGUAGUGGCUGAGUCCCCAGUGUCUGACAGUGCCAGCGAUGUGUAUAAAGUGUAUUACCAUGCAAUCUGCUUCAGACAAGAUUCUGACAAGGAGCUAUUACCAAAGUCUUUGACCCCUGAUGACCUGAACUCAGACACUGAAAAGAAGCUUCUAAGUGAACAAACGGUGGAAGAGUUUAUGUGCCACUUGCUGAGAGACCAAAGUCAUAGAUUCACCAGUUUUCGAUUCAUCGUGGAUGCAUCCCUACAGUUUGAAGGACAAAGUGGUGUAAUAAUUUUGUUAUGGCUGUUGGAUCAAGACUUGGUAGUCUUUUCUUCAGCAUCAUCGACUUCAUCAUCUUCCCCAUUGUCAUCAUCUCCAAAUGCCUCUCGUUCCUACUCUUGUUCUCCCUGUGAGAGUAUGAAACUCCUGUAUAAAGCCGAUUUCCUGUCUGUAAAUGGAUGCGUUGACAAACAAGCUCCAGAUGUGUUCAAAGCUUGGAGGAAAGACAACACAGUGCACAGCAUCUCCUUGCCAUAUCCCCUCUGCAAGCAGCUCCUCCGUCUUCUCAUCACCAGCACAAAGAAGCUGUCAGUGUCUCAGCGUGGUCUGAAUGGGUUUCAUGUGGGUUAUCUUACAGCAAGCUGACCCAUCUUUUUUCCAUGGAUCUUCCAGAAACUACAGAACCAGCGUUGAAGGCCUUCUUUGAAAAAUCAUGCUCAAAUUAGUUGAACUUUUGAAAGUUGAGUCGUUGUGUUCAUUUUUCUAUGUAGGUGGUGGCGUUGAAGGUUAAAAAUGUAUUAUCAAAUUUCCUUCAUGCUUUAUAUUACCAUGCUUAUUCAGUCUCACAUGACAAUUUGAUUUAAUAUGGGAAUUCACUUGAUUUACAAUGUACUUUCUUGAAUGAGGUCAUCAAAACUUUCUCAUCUGUACUGAACAGAAUUGAAGGAUUUAGGGUUAGGUCUUUACUUUCUGAGGGUUUUAGCUUCACCACAUCUGUUGCCAGCGUCAUCUCAUCAGCCAGCGGUUAAAAUUUUAAAAGUGUACCGAGCCCAAAAUUGUGACAUUUUAAAAAUUGCAAUUAAAAAAUCUGUUAAAAUUCAAAAUCUUAAUGU